AUGACUGUGUCUUACACGCUUGAGGUGGCAGAUGCCAGGUUCACUGGCUUCUCAAAGCUACUUAUCAGGUGGAAAGGGAGCAUCUACAAGCUGCUCUACAAAGAAUUCUUGGUCUUUGGCAUGCUCUACAGCUUCUUCAGUAUUACUUACAGGUUCUUUCUGAACCCACAACAGCAGGAGUUGUUUGAGCAGACCGCCAUUUACUGCGACCAGUUCACCAACCUUAUUCCCAUGUCAUUUGUACUUGGAUUCUAUGUUACCUUGGCCUUCAAUCGAUGGUGGGGCCAGUACACUAGCUUCCCUCUGCCGGACAACCUGAUGAUGGUGGUGUCUGGAAACGUCCACGGGCCGGAUGAGAGAGGGCGUAUCCUGCGGCGCACCCUAAUGAGAUACGCAAACCUGUCCUCCGUUCUCAUCCUCCGCUCCAUCAGCACACGCGUGCGCAAACGCUUUCCCACGCUCGACCACGUUGUGGAAGCAGGGUUUAUGACCCGGGAAGAGCAUAAAAAAUUGGAUAGUUUGUAUUCGGACUUCAAUAAAUACUGGAUGCCCCUGACGUGGUUUUCGAACCUGGCGGCCCAGGCGCGCAAGGAGGGGCGCGUGAGGGAUGACAUAGCGCUGAGGCUGCUCAUGGACGAACUGAAUAACUACAGGGCCAAGUGCAGCAUGCUCUUCCACUAUGACUGGGUCAGCAUCCCAUUGGUGUACACUCAGGUGGUCACCCUUGCUGUGUACUCCUUCUUUACCUCCUGCCUGAUUGGACGGCAGUUUCUUAACCCCGCCAAGGGAUACAAAGGUCACAACCUCGAUAUGUACGUUCCCGUUUUCACUCUGCUGCAGUUCUUCUUCUAUGCUGGCUGGCUUAAGGUAGGAGAGCAAAUUAUCAAUCCAUUUGGGGAGGAUGACGACGAUUUUGAAACAAACCAACUGAUUGACCGAAACAUUCAGGUGUCCAUGCUGGCCGUAGACGACAUGUAUCAGAAUUUGCCCCCAGCUGAGAAGGACAAGUACUGGACAGAGGAGGUCUUCGCCCUGCCCUACACUGUCGCCACUGCCGCCGAGACCCUCAAACCUGCCUUUAUGGGCUCCACCUUUGACAUGAGGAUGAGCGAGGACCCCUCGCAGCACCAGACCGUGGAGACGCCCAUGACCCCCCGAAUCCAGACGCCCAUGGUGGGCCGCUACCUGCCCGUCGCCGCCUCCCCGGCCACCAGCCUGAAGAACUACUCCCGGGGGGGCCGGGGGCUGCAGCUGCUGCGUCUCCGCGGAGACAGCGUCAACUCUGACCGGGAGCUGUCUGAGCGCAUAAACGAGGAGGACAGCGAGGACGACAAGGAAGGGAAGGAGGCAAACUUCCUGCCCCUGCAGAAGCCCAGACGGCUGGAGGCCUCCGAGCAGCAGAAGAGGAGGGAGGAGGCCCAAAUCAGCAUCACUGUGGACCCCCAUUCCGACAGCUUGCAGACAGACGCCUGAAUGAGCAGCCCCCCUAAA